AUGGUUUCCGUUACCGUCGACUCACAGCUCUUGAAAAAGAGUAACUCUGCAUUCCACGCCCGCAGAAUCCAAUUCAAAGAGUCCACCCGCCUCGACCUCAAGCAGGAGCGACUCAAGAAGAAGUACAGACCCGUCAACGCACCGUUGGCCAAUGACGGACCAACCAAAUUUGCCCCUUCUGCUGCUAUGGUUCCUUAUUCCGGAAACUCUACUUCGGCGUCAAAGGCCACCGAGGAUCGCAAUGGAUUCCGCUUGCCUGCAACUAUCCUCUUCAGCAAGGAGAAGGUCCACGUGAACUGGCCACAGCCUCGCCCCAUCGGCCCCGGACUCAACAACCUCGGCAACACCUGCUUCCUGAACUCUGUCCUCCAGUGCCUCACCUACACCGCACCCCUCGCCAACUACCUCCUCUCCGGCCACCACAGCAACUCUUGCAAAACAACAAACUUCUGUAUGAUGUGUCUACUUGAAACCCACGUCGGCCGCUGCUUCACACGUCAAAUGAGCGAAGCUAUCUCUCCAAAAGCCAUCGUAGGACGUCUCAGGAAUAUUGCAAAGCAGUUCAGGAUUGGUCGUCAAGAAGAUUCCCACGAGUUUGCGAGAUACCUGGUCGAUGGUCUGCAAAGGAGCUGUCUCCUUGGAUAUGACAGCAAAUUGGACGAUCGGAUCAAGGAGACAACAGUGGUUCACCAGAUCUUUGGAGGGUACUUCCAGAGUCAGGUCAAGUGCAUGCGGUGCGGCCACGAAUCUAAUACCUUUGAGACAUAUUUGGACGUCAGCUUGGACAUCAAGGGCGCCGACAGCGUGCAGAAAGCAUUCCGCGAUUAUACCUCCCCAGAAAUUCUCAGCAAGGGCAACCAGUACAAGUGCGAGAAGUGCAAGAUCCUUGUCGAUGCCAAGAAGCAGAUGACCAUCUACGAUGCCCCCAACAUUCUCAGUAUCCACCUCAAGAGAUUCACCUUCACUGGCCAAAAAAUCAACAGACACGUCCGAUUUGAGCCAACACUGUCGCUCAACUCAUUCAUGAGCAAGAACAAAGAUCAUGGCGACCUGAACUACAGCCUGUACGCCGUCCUUGUCCACGCCGGUGGAUCAUGCCACAGCGGACACUACUACUGUUACGUCAAGAGUUCCAACGGACUUUGGUACUCUAUGAACGACUCCCACGUAGGUGUUGUCAGUCUGAACACCGUUCUCAGCCAAAACGCAUACAUGCUCUUCUAUACCCUGGACAAGAAGGGAUCUAUGAAGUCGCCAUCAGCCAACGGAGUCAAGGUCAAUGGUAUGGUGAACGGAGCCAAGGCGGUGUCCGCUCAGAUCAAGCGACCAAGAUUGGAUGGCGAUGAGGUUGGAGCCAAGGUAGAUCGUUCGGCCUUGGGUCUCAAGCGUCCCAAGGUCGAUACCAACGGAGUCAAGGUCAAUGGUACAGCAAACGGAAUCAAGAUCACACCCAACCUCGCCAAGCGGCCACUGCUGGCUGAUGAUGAUGAGGCCGACGUCAAGAAGCGUGUCAAGAUUGAUGAGUCUGCUGCCCCUGUCAACAUGCAGGAAUUGUCCAAGGAGGAGAGAAUCCGGUUGAAGAAGGAGAGGAAGAGAGCUAAGAAGUUGGCGAAGCUGAACGGGUCAAACCAAACCGCUUCUUUGAACGACUACGAGCUUGCCAUCUCACCGGCAUCCUCCUCCUCCGCUGCUGUGCCAACAAAGGCCAUCUUUGGCGUGCCCGUGCCCAAUACCGGUGCGGUUGCUUCCAAGAACAAGAGUCCUCUGGCCGAUCUGGAUCUCAUCCCCACCCCCAAGUCUGUUGUCGCCAAGCCCACAUCGAUCACAAUCCCCGCCGCAAUCACGAUCCCCACCGCGAGACACAAUGACUGGAAGGUGAUUGAGGGUGCUAUGAAGUCUCCUUCUGCCGAUGACCGUCAGCUCAUGUUGAUGGAGCAAAAGCCAAAGAAGGAGUACAAGGAUCGGGAGGAUGAGCAGGAUGCCGAGUCUGCCAAGGAGGAAGCUGAGCAGGACGGAUGGACUAUCAAACCCAAACCAACCACCCAGCCUAUCAUUGUGGCGCACAACGAGGCUUCGACCUCCAAGCGUGAGAAGCUGCAGUCAUUGAUUGAACGCGAGUCCGAGUUCAAGAGUGCCGAGGUCAAGGAGGCCAUUUUGGGAGAGCAGAAGCACAUGCUAGGCAGCAAGGUUUCGACAUGGGAGGAGCCAAGCUAUGCGUUGACCAAGGCCCGUGAGGAAGUUUUGCGGACUUUGAAGCCCAAGCAUCACCGUCCUGAUGCCUAUGAUGUUGAUUACGAUCGUGGCAAGAUCAAGAAGGUCAAGACCAAGAACGUCACGGAUGGUCCAGCUGUCGGAGCCAAGAUCGGCAACAAGUUCCAGAAGGAACAGGACGUCCGCAACCUCGUGAAGCCCAAGUUCAACAAGAACAAGAAGAACGGUGGCAAGAAGAUCCCUAGCGAGCUGUAA